ACGGCUCGGGUAGCCGGCGGAGCGAAGGAGGUUGAGGCAGCAACUUGGAAUCAGCUGAAGCAGCCUCGCAGGGGGGCUGCCUUGGCGCGGAAGAAGAGCUGACGCUGCAAACCCCUGCGCAGGUGCCCGCGGCGCUCCAAGGAGGAACUGGGUGUGUGGGACACCUGAGGGUCAUUCUCCCCAGCUUCCUCUGGGGCUCGGUUCAGGUCCUGCCUGUUUGCCGGCUGCUUGCUCAAGGGAGGCGAAGCGACUGCCCAGAAGAGAAAAAUCAUGCCUUAUUUUGAAAGCAAAAAAAUAUUAUUUGGCCUAAUGGCAGGGGCUGCUGGAAUAACCUUGGGCCUCAUUUGGUAUCGAAAGACACAGAAAUGCAGUAAAGCCAUGUACUUGCCUACCUUUUUGAAUUCAGAGGGCAGUUUUGACUUGGUAAAUUUUCCACAUGAAGCUCAUAAUGAACAAGGAACUGUGAUGCUAUUGCAAGGAAGGCAGCUUCAGGUACUGGAAAAAAUGAAUGGUUUAAUAGCAACUGUGGAAGAACUUAAGAGAGAAGUAACAUUUCUGAGAGAAGCAAUUCCAAAGUUGGAAGAACUUGUCCGGGAUGAACUCCAGGGGAGAACAGAUUCUCGCAGGAGCAGCCCUUUGCACAGAGGAACAAAGAAGAGGAAGACUGAGAUUGGCAAAGGUGUGUCAGAUACCAACAGUUCUGAAGAAGCAGAAAGUGAAGGCGGCUACAUUACAGCUCAUACUGACACUGAAGGAGAGUCUGAGGAAGAAAAAGGAUGGAUCAGUUCUCCCACAUCUCCUCUGGCACCUGAAGAGAACAUAGAAUUAUUUAAUCUUCUACAGAAUGCGGACAGGUUGCAUUAUGGUUCAGACAAUGAGAAAAGGGAGAGCUUCAAACUGCUGCUUGAAAAUGAGGAAAAGUAUAGAAAUCAUACUGGCUUUCUUUGGAGGCUUGCCCGAGCUUAUGGAGACAUGUUUGCAAUAACCACAGAGGCUGAAGAAAAAAAGGACUAUGCAUCCAAAGGAAAGCUUGUGAGUGAAAAUGCUGUAAACCUGGAUCCAUCAAGUGCUGAGAGUCACCAGUGGUUUGCAAUGAUGUGUGGCUACAUGUCUCAGUUUGAAAGUGUGCAGAACAAAAUCAGGAAUGGCUAUCUCUUUAAGGAGCAUCUAGACAAAGCUAUUGAGCUUAAGCCGCAAGACCCUUUUUUAUAUUAUCUAACUGGAAGAUGGUGCUAUGAAGUGGCUCAGUUGUCUUGGAUUGAGAAAAAAGUAGCUGCUGCUCUUUUUGGGACGCCGCCAACUUCAACAAUUCAUGAAGCUUUGCAGAAUUUUCUUAAGGCUGAAGAACUACACCCUGGAUAUUCGAAACACAAUUAUGUCUAUUUGGCAAAGUGCUACAAAGAUCUUGGCCAGAGGACCAAUGCGCUGAAGUUCUGUGACACUGCAUUAUCAAUCCUGUCAGUCACCAAAGAGGAUAAAGAGGCUGAUGAAGAUUUAGAAACAUUGCUUCCGUCACUGAAACUGUGAACCAAACAACAACAAGCACUUUUCGUUAUGUUUUUGAAUGAUACUGUGAAAGGCAUCUGGGAACCCAGAUCCGAGUUCUGAAAGCACCUAUAUGUGGGUUUUGUGGGGUUUAUAGCCAUGGAAGGCUUAGAAUUUGGGGAAACAGGGCUGAGAUAAUACCAAAGGGUUGUAUCUAAGGCUGGCUUUGAUCUAUUGGAAAGCACUUCCACUUGCACAAGAUGAUGCACCCAGAUUCACCAGUUACCUACUGUUGUGUCCUCUGCCUAUCCCAUAAUGUUUCAGAGGGUUUCCCAACCCACGGAAGCAGCUUUUGAGGAGGCAGGUGGGGGAGUGGGUAUGGAACACUGCAGUGGAUAGGGGUGGGAUAGGCAAAAAUCAGGUGCCUCUCGUGUACAAGUGGAAGCGUUUUCCAUUAUUACUACAAAGCCACUGCUGGCUGCAAUC